AUGAACGGACUUGCAAAGAAGAUGGUGUACAUUGGGGCGCCAUUCGAAUGGACUCCCAAGGGCGCUUUCUUUCUGAAACUGUCAGACCCACCACGUCAGGCAAUGGCCGUCAAACUGUUCUGUGACAUCUUGAAUACCGUCAUACAAUAUCAACUCAAGCUAGGCGAUCACACAGACGAGGAAUUGAUGAGCCCUGUCGAGAAUACUACACUGCCUGUCCAUGCUCAAUAUUUCGACAUCAGUCCACAUCUGGCUGUUCCCGAGCCUCUAAUCGACAUUGAUCAAGAUUCUGAAGACUCCUCCGAUGGUUCAUCCUCUACCGGUAUACCUUGUGCUCACUGGACACCAAGAUGUGGUGACAUCUCCAUACUCUCAAGUGAGGCUGCUGCCGCUAUUUCCAACAUCACCGAAUGCAUACUGUAUCGUGAGCACGACAGCCGACGCGUGAAAAUCAUGAAUGGGAAUACACAAGCCGCACUCGAAAAAUUGGUUCGAAUGGAACCACUACUCGGACAUCUCGCCCGCCAUAGAUCUGGUGCCGCCUCCCGAGUCGAUUACAAUCUGUUGUCUUUCUCGUGCCCUCUCAGUGGUACCGGCGUUCGGUACCAGAUGCUAACUCCACCUCACCGUGACCGUGUCAUGGUGCAUCCCACUCUAACUGAUACACUAGAGCAGGCAUUGCUUGGUGAGGAAAGAAUCUACAAUUCAAAAACAGGUAAACAGGAACUGGUGGAAAGGUUGAAAGAUCUCGCAUCAUCUGCAGAUAAACACACCAAGCCAAGCAAGAUAUGGGAGGGCUUCGAAUUGCCUACGAUUGGUAACCCGGACAAUGCGGUUCCAAGGACACCCUCGAGCGGCAACUCCUCGCUUCCAUCUGAGACAGCUAGAAGUCGAUCGUCGAUACCAGCAGCUCAACCAAGCAGAUUUAUGGCACUUCAAGAACAAGCUAGGCUUCGCGAAUGGUCGAAGAACAUUGAUUUGGAAGCAGAUCCCGCUACAAUACCUGAGGAGCCUAUAGAGCUGGAAGAAGUGGAGGAUCAAGGUAUAACCAAGCGAAGGGUAGAAGACUCUGAAAGCGAAGACGACGAAAUAAACAACACCGCAACAGGGUUGACUACUAGCCGAAGGCUGGUUGUUGCAGACUCGGACGAUGAGUCAGGACCUGUAAGCACGAAGGUAGGAAAGAGGACGAAAGAUACUCCAUUGCAGUCACUACAGGAACAAAGAAUCCGGGCUAUUCGUGUCGACCGCACAAAUCGAGUAAGAGAAACACAAGAUCCUACGCCCGUGGUUCGCUUGAGGCCCAACACUAACCCCUACGUUGGUGCUGAUGCAUUCUUUGAGGGCGUUCCACGUGACGGAGAAGAGGCUACAGAGGUCAUGAAUACGCCACAGCAGCUACAGAAAGGAACACCUGUAAAGUCACCUCCAGUGCAAUUUCGAGGAGGCUUCGGCUUAGACGGGGCCAAUGAUGAAGAACCUGCUCCGUUGCAGGACAGCAAAGACAGUCCACACCUCGGUCCUGCCAGUUCUGUAACACCUAUCUUCAAGGAGCCUGACCAAGGAAUGGGCACGAAGGCUCGGCCCAACCAGUAUAUGCCAUCACAUAACUUCGAUCCGUCAGCUUACGGCUCUCCUAGUAGGGGUCCAAAAACAACUCAAAACAGAGACUUCCGAAAUAUCGCAACUCACCAAGAUAAACGGCAAACAGCCAGAUCGAAAAGAGGCAGAAGCCAGUCUCGACCACACCCAUCGCACCAUGGUGGUAGAAGUGGCUCACAACCAGUGCCAAGCCAUCCAGGAAUUAUUCACAGUCAGGCUCACAAACAGAGGGAGAAUGCCCUGAUUGAGAUAUCUACCAUGGAGACAGCAGCCACUUCUAACAACCCUCCUCCUGGUUUAACUAUACGUGCUGAACCGCUAGCAUAUAUGAACGAACAGUCGAAUCUGCUUGACAGUCCACUUGAAGAAAUUCAAAGACCAUCACUAAAGCCAGUGUAUUAUGACACAAUGUAUCAGAACGAAGAGAGCUCGUUUUCAGCUUCUUCCUCAUCUGGUAGCCUUCGACCUCAUGGUAUCCAAUAUGUGCCUCAAACAACGAUCACCAGGCCAGACGUUCCAUCCAUGCGAAACAAUAUGCUCCACUCGUUGCUGGCUGCUAAAGGUCGUGGGUAUACGACACCAACCAAGCCUUUGUCGAGAGAGAGGAUCGCGGAAGAAGACGAAAUUUCUACGCGCAAGUUUUACAAUACAAUGAAUUUGCAGGCACCGAAGGACAGAAAGAACAGAGCUACCCAUGCGGAGACAAAUGUCCAGAGACAAGCUCGUAUAGCAAGAGCUAGAGAUGAAUUGAGACAGGAAGCAUCAACAGCAAGCAGGUCCAAACAGCAAUCUCAACAACGACCAGAUUCUGCAGUAACACCACCUGACCCAAUGACCAAAAAGGGUCUCCAAGCGGCCAAGAUAAAUUCACAGAUGGCUGCGUUACAUAUUGAUGCUGUACAAGCAAAUGCCCGUCAGCAGACCACGAAUCAGCUUCUACAUUUGUUACGACCGAUCAUAGAAGCUGCACGAUGCUUCACAGGACAUAUCAACCUCGAAUUUCAGCUUGGUCAGCUAUUCGUGUCGCCGACCUCAAGAAUCGAUACGAGGAAGAUAUAUGAGAUUGACAAGUGGAAAUCAAUCUUCGAAGGAAGCAAUAGUACUGCUGAUGUACACUUCACAAACAUGCUAACAAGCGAUGGUGCAGAUAUUGAUGGUAUGCUCGAGGUCAAAAUCAAGAAGUGCAAGAUUUGGAACAAGGACAACCCAGGACCAUCCCAGUCCAUAAUCGAGUUUAGAUGUCUCGACAACCUAAGUCAGCCAUUCCAAAUCGUGCUCGAUGCUCGUGGAAAGUAUACGGUCAACAAGGGAGAUUCUACAGUCAGCAAAAUUGCCAUACACUGCCCUGGCAAAGUAUGGGACACCUGCGCUGUCUUAUCUGGUACAGCAGAACUCAACGAUAUUACCCCAGAGUUCGAGGCCGAGAUACAGGACUUCGUGUCGACUGUCUACAUGAAAGCUGGGAAAAAAGCGAUCGUCCAUUUCAGACCACCGUUGAGCAAUUCCUUGACCGUGCUGGACGUAGUGCUCAAACGCACCAGUCUCCACGACUGCCAAGUACCAGGAGAGGAAGCACUACAGUUGAAGAUAACCGAGGUGAAAACUCUUAGUACAAAAGCUCAUAUCAGCGACAAGCGUCUGCAUGUGUCCGUUGAAGAAAGACAUGACAUUCUGGCAAACACAUCACAAGUGUUCUAUGAGGUGGCGGUUGUGAACAAGGACAUUGAAGAGGCAUUUCAGGAGAACAAACAGCUUGAGGUUGGAGAAAUGACCUUGGCGACGGCAAACAAUAUGCUGACGCACGAGCGCAUUAAUACAAUGCUACAAGCUGCCCUGAAACUAGUUGACAAAGUGGACUGGAUUGGUGGAAAGAACUACGGCACUUUGAGGUACAAGCAAGACGUUGAUGCGAAGCAGCGGCAGGAGAUGGCAGGAACUAUUCCUCCAACUGUGCACAACCCUACCAUGCUCAGACCUGCAACCAUUGGCCGCAGUAUUGCAGCGCCACGAACAGCUAUGGGCCAUGGCUCGACGAUCGGCACCAAUCGAACGACUGCGGUGCAACCCAUACACGGUAUUCGAGCAGGAACGGAGGCGGAAAUAUGGCAAGAUCCUGAAGGUAACCUAUUCUACAUCGGCCUGGGCGGUGCAAAGAUUCCAGUAUUACGGGACGAUCCUGAUAGCACGGGACGUGAUAUCUUGCCAGACGACAGUGCUAGCCAGAUUGCACGAGCACCUCAGCGUGCUCCGAACAGAAGAAUGAGCAAUUACGACAAGCCUAAUAACUUCUGGUGA